AUGUAUCAAAAUCAAUACAAUCAUUUAGGUUCUAAUAGACCUUCAUCACAUUAUUUCCCAAUGAAUCAUCCUCAACCAACUUCAUCACAUUAUUUACCACCUUCAAGUCAAUCACAAAAUCAACCAGUUCAAGUUUUACAACCUACAAUGGUUGGUAUGAUUCCUCCUCCACCUCCACCUCAACAACAUCAAAUGAUUCAACAAAAUAAUUAUAUGCCUAAUUUAAUGAUGGCACCUCAAAUGAAUCAUGUUUUACCAAUUCAUUAUCAAAUUCCUCCUAUUUUACAUCAACAACCAAUGAUGACAUUACAAAAUCAAAUUCCAAUUCAAAUGCCUCCAAAUCAUCAAAAUCAUAUGCAAGGUGGUCAAUUGAAUAAUCAAUUCCCUCCUCAAAAUAAUGAUAAUGCAGUUACUGGUGGAAUUAAUUCUGUUUUAGAAUAUGAUUUACCAACUAUGUCAACCUUCUUAAGUUGGUGUACUUUUGGUAUGUUGAAACAAAAUAGAAAUCCAACCAAAGAUUUUGAAAAUUUAAUCAAUUCUGUUUUAAUUGCUACAAGAUUACCAAAAUCCACCAUUAUCAUUGCAUUAGAAUAUUUGAAUCAAAGAUUUUCAAAGAAAGAAAUCGAUUCAUUAAAUGAAUCAGAAAUUUUUAUCAGAUUAAUUGUUGCUUUGAUUUUAGGUAACAAAUUCAAUGAUGAUAAUACUUUCACUAAUAGAUCAUGGUGUGGGGCUACAGGUUUAGAAAUUGAAUUAAUUAAUAGUGAAGAAAAAAUUUGGUUAAAAGAGAUCAAUUGGGAAUUAAAUGUUGUUAAUUUUGAAUCUAAUAUUUUAACCUUAGAAGAAUGUUGGAAAACUUGGUUGGAUAAAUACACUAACGAAUCAUUACCCUCAAGUCCAAAUUUCUUCAAUUAUAAUAAUGAAAAAUCAACUAGCCCUGAUUAUAGAUAUCAACCAAGUAUACCGUCAUCACCAAUUUCAAUUAAUGAAUUUUAUUCAAAUAAUUUGAAUUUAUCAAGUUCAAGAACUAAUUUGAAUGAUACUUCACCAGUAUCUCCAAUUAAGGAUUCAAUUUGGUCAAUGAACUCACAAAACAAUUUCCAAAAUCAACCAAACCAAAAUAUUUGGUCAUACAAUAAUGAGAAUUAUGUUGCUCCAGCACCUUAUGUGAAUUCAAAUUUUGUUGGUUAUGCUAAUCCUUAUUACACUUAUAACAUGGCUUCAUGUUAA